AUGGGAAAGAAAAGAAACGAGUCCGCUGGCAAUGGCACAGGAGAGGGCGAGUCUCCCUCCCCGCUAUCAAUGAAAGACUUUCAAGUCUACAACCGCCUGUCCGUACAAAUGGACCAGUUUCACAACCAUUUUCGCCUCGUCUGGAACGAUCUCCAAAACGCCUGCGCCCCUACCGGCAAACAAAAACACCCCCGACAACUCAUCCUCACCGGCCUCGCCUUCUGCUCCCAACUCGACUUCCACCAUUCCAUUGAAGAACAGCACAUCUUCCCUGUCCUCGCGAAGAAAAUGCCCGAGUUCCGUAAGGAAUUAGAUCUUCUACAACAGCAUAAGAAGAUCCAUGCUGGACUGGCGGAGUUGGAGAGGUAUCUGGAGGAUUGCCGAAUGGGGGAUGUGGAGCUUGAUAGGGCGGAGGUGAAAAGGUUGAUGGAUGCUUUUGGGGAUGUGCUUUGGAAGCAUCUUGAUGAGGAGGUUGAGACCUUGGGGGCGAGGAAUAUGAGGAGGUAUUGGACGGUGAGGGAGAUGCCGGGGUUGCCGAUGUGA